UAAUAUAAUUUAUAACAAACAUGAGUGCUCCAGGACAAAGAGCUUCUGUUGGUGGACAUGCACCUGGUCAAAGAACAAAGCCAAAGGGAAAGAAGAAUAUGUAUAAAGGAAUGAAUCCAAUCCUGAAAAUGUUCUACAUUCUCAAAAAUUUCACUGGUAAAAUCCUUUGGUUCGGCUCAUGUAUUGCUUUCUUGUACUUCGUGCCUGUAAACUUGCUCCUCUUUAAAGACCAAGAAAUGGUCUUAAACAAGAUGGCUAUGCAGGGAUCAAUCCCAGGAAUGGGACCUCCAAGUAUGUAAAGACUCUGAUUUGGGAGAAAUAAGUACCAACUAAUUACUUAUAUAAGGUUUCUACAAUAAUAGCAC